CUAGUGUAGGAUAAGGAUACACGGCUUGGUCCUCUCUGGUCUAGACAUCACAUCAUUAGCCAAGUCAGCUAGUCAGCUGUUUAUUUUUUUGACAAAAUGUCAACCACGACCGGCGGCGGAGAGUUUGGCAACCCCUUACGAAAGUUCAAGCUCGUCUUUCUGGGCGAACAGAGUGUUGGGAAAACCUCACUCAUCACCAGGUUUAUGUAUGACAGUUUUGACAACACUUACCAGGCAACAAUUGGCAUUGACUUUUUGUCAAAAACUAUGUAUCUGGAAGAUCGCACGAUCCGGCUGCAGCUCUGGGAUACAGCCGGACAGGAGCGUUUCCGCAGCCUCAUCCCCAGUUACAUCCGCGACUCAGCCGCCGCUGUGGUGGUUUAUGACAUAGCCAAUCUUAAUUCUUUCCAGCAAACCUCAAAGUGGAUUGAUGAUGUUAGAACAGAGAGAGGAAGUGAUGUCAUUAUCAUGCUCGUUGGGAACAAAACAGACUUAGCGGAUAAAAGGCAAGUUUCUGUUGAGGCGGCAGAGAGGAAAGCUCGUGAGCUCAAUGUGAUGUACAUAGAGACCAGUGCCAAGGCUGGCUAUAACGUCAAACAGCUGUUCCGACGCGUUGCUGCUGCAUUGCCUGGGAUGGAUAGCACACCAGAGAAAAGCAAAGAGGACAUGAUCGACAUCAAACUGGAGAAACAGCCAGAGAUGACUGUAACUGAGAGCAGCUGCUCAUGCUAGUACACCUCAGCCCCUGCCAGCCUGUCUCCUCCCCACCAACAGCUUGUCUCUCAGUGGCCACUUUCCUCCACCCUUGGCACACGGCCAUCGGGAUGGAGGACCUGUCUUUUUUUUCUUCUUUUUUUCCCUUUUCAACUCAGUGACUUUUCAGAGUAACCGUGUGGAUGUGCAUUACUGUAUUGAAACAAAUUAUUUGGGGAAAAAAUGGUUCAAAAGUAAACAUUUAAAACAAGGAAUAAGUUAAUUGAUAUGUUCAGAUUUUCAUCCAGUUGCAUGGCAUUAUAUAGGAUUGCAGACUGACAUAGCUAACUGCUCUUGAGUUAUUGCACAGUUUAGAAUCUUAGUGCUGUUACUCUUGUUGUUGUAAAGUAAAACUGCUUGGGAUUAUUUAAAUGACUCUACAAGGUUGAGUUCUCUGCCUAUCCUUUCGUUUUUGUUUCAAAUGGAGAGUUCAGCCGAAGCUAUUCUGUCUCCUAAACAGCUUAUCAUUUGUCGACUUUGUCUUAUUUUGAGGAAGUAACGACUGGCUCUCAACCAGUGAACUGUUAUCAUUGCAAAACAUUACAUUGCCACAUUAGGCUCAAGUAAACCCUUUUCAUUGUGUCAGUGGAACUACUUAUACCUAACACGUCUGCGAGCUUACAUUGCCAAAUGCAAGUGUGUAAGCGGACCGGAUUAACACAAAUUUGUAUUUAACAGUACUGCAGAAGGAUGCGUAAUAAGGAAAUGGAUAUAUAUCGUAAAAGGGAAGCCAGCCCAAAUAAAUUAGAAAGCCUACUAACCUAAAAGUUUAUAUGUUGUUGAAUGAACUCUGCACUGUACUAACAUGUCUGAGGAGGCAUUAUUAGUAGAUGGUCCCCUAAUACUAUGAAAAUCAGUUUUUCCACGUCGAUGGAGAGUUGUAACUUUGGUCGCCACGACGUACCCGCCAUCUCAUCGACGAUUUGUGUUGUGUUGAUUACACUAUUGCAUCAACAUGCAGCAUGCUCACCCCGCAGGAUUUACAUGGAUAAGAACACAGAUGCCUUGCUUGUUUGUUCACCAACGUUGUGCACUGAAUCAAGCCACAAUAUUGUAAAAUAUCAGAGAAGCCUGCUGACUGGUUCAUGGCUUCACUAGUUGUUUGUAGAGCUGGUAGAUAGAUGUCCUCAGAUACAGCUAAAGCUUACUAACACCGUUGCUGUAAAAAAAAAAAAAAGUGCAGACGUUAGUUGCCAUAUCUUUUGCUGUAUUGCUAUUGCCUGUGUAGGACUGUUGGUUUAUUUAUUUUGUAACUUGGACAUACAGCUAACAUUGUACGCGUGACCAAAAGUACAGAUGCCGAUACGCAUGUUUUAAAGUUUUGUUUUUAUUUAUUGUUUGCGUGUCUGCUGAGGCGCCACCUACAGGUGACAUUUACGCCUAGUGAGUUGGGGGGUGGGGGUUUGU